CUGUUAGCCGGGUCGGAGGGAGGAUGUUCGUCGCUCCUCCUCUGUGCCCUAGUGUUGUGUGGACCAUUAUCAGCCCCCAUUACCUCCCCAUCCCAGCCACCCACUAGCGCAGGGAUCUAGUGUAUAUAGUGCUAGUUAUUGAUGCUACACGCCCCUCCUGGCCGCCGCAAUGGGGGACGAGUCCAGUGUGAGAGUUGCAGUCCGGAUCCGGCCGCAGAUUGCCCGGGAGCUGAUCGACAUGUGCCGGGUGUGCACCAGCGUGACGCCUGGGGAGCCGCAGGUGUGGCUGGGCUCCGACAAGGCAUUCACCUACGACUACGUGUUCGACCAGCCGGCGGGGCAGAGCGAAGUGUAUGAUACCUGUGUGGAGGGCCUGGUGGAGGGCUGCUUCGAGGGCUACAAUGCCACCGUGCUUGCCUAUGGACAGACGGGCUCAGGCAAGACGUACACGAUGGGCACGGGCCUGGAGGUGGAGGGGGACGUGGCGGGCGUGGGCAUCAUCCCCCGGGCGGUGGAGCAUCUGUUCAGGGGCAUCGAGGAGAGAAGGGAGGCCGCCCGAGCCACUGCCACCACGCCCCCAGACUUCAAGGUCACGGCACACUUCAUGGAGCUGUACAACGAGGAGAUCAUUGACUUGUUCGAACCUGGAUUUAAGGGAUCAAGCAAGGGCGGCAUCAGGAUACACGAAAACUCUGAUGGGGGUAUCUACGUCACGGGCGUCACCACCAGGAACGUCACAUCGCUAGAGGAGACGAUGCAGUGCCUAAGGGCCGGUGCUCUCUCCCGUACCACAGGCUCCACCAACAUGAACACUCAAUCCUCACGCUCUCACGCCAUCUUCACGCUCCUUGUCCGCCAGCAGAGAAUUGCCCCCGUCACCCAGGUAAGAGGGGGGAGUGGGGAGAGAGGAGAAGGAGGAGAAGGAGGAGGAGGAGGAGGAGGACAGCCGCCAGAUGGCAUCCCAGAGUUCGAGACACUGACAGCCAAGUUUCAUUUCGUGGACCUGGCUGGCUCCGAGAGGCUGAAGAGAACAGGAGCCACGGGGGAGAGGGCCAGGGAGGGUAUCUCCAUCAACUGUGGUUUGCUGGCCCUCGGCAACGUGAUCUCAGCCCUGGGGGACGUGAGCAAGAGGGCGUCCCACGUGCCCUACAGAGACUCAAAGCUCACUCGCCUCCUGCAGGAUUCACUGGGAGGCAACAGUCGCACCCUGAUGAUUGCCUGUGUCUCCCCGAGUGACACAGACUUCAUGGAGACGCUGAACACCCUGAAGUAUGCUAACCGCGCCCGCAACAUCAAGAACAAGGUGAUGGUGAACCAGGACAAGGCAAGCAAGGCCAUCGCCAUCCUGCGCCAGGAGAUACAGCAGCUCAGGGUGGAACUGAUGGAGUACAAGCAGGGCAAGAGGAUAGUUGGGGAGGACGGCUCAGAGGCUGUAAAUGACAUGUACCACGAGAACCAGAUGCUGUCAUCAGAGAUCACUAACAUGCGGACGAGACUCAAGGCUCUGCAGGAGACGGUGGAGGUGCUCACUGCAAAGAACACGGCACUGCUGGCGGAGAAGGCGACCAGCGGAUGGAUCACAUCGGGUGAGGGGUCAGACAUGGCAGCAGUGAUCCAGGGGUACCUCAAGGAGAUAGAGGAGCUGCGGGCCAAGCUGUGUGAGAGUGAGAACCUGUGCCAGCAGCUGAGGAAGCAACUCAACAACCGCGCCAACAACCCUGCCAGGCUCUCCAUGUCCCCCCUCCACGUCCCCAUGUCAGGUUCAAUGUAUGAGUGUGUGGAGGAGGGCCAGACCUUCACCCAGCUGAUUGAGGAGGCCAAGCGAGACCUCCAACGCGACCUGCAGGAGGUGAAGAGGAAGAAGAGGACCUCAGGGGGCUCUGGGGGUGAGGACGAUGAUGAUGAUGAAGAGGAAGAGGAGGACAAUGAGGAAGAGGAGGAAGGAGAGAUGGAGGAGAAUUAUGAGAGCUCAGAUGAAAGUGGGGAGGAUAAAGAUGAGGACGACGACUCAGACUUGGAGGAGGAGGUUCCCAGAGAGAACUACAAUGAGGAACUUGCCGAGUUGACCAGCGAGAUCUCCAUCAAGCAGAAGUUGAUUGAGGGGCUGGAGCAGAGUCAGCGCCGCCUGGAGACCAUGAGGCACCAGUAUGAAGAGAAGCUUAAUGUCCUCAUGAACCGCAUCCGAGCCACGCAGGAGGAGAGGGACAAGGUGAUUGCCAACAUCAAGUCGAGCAGCCACGCUGGGGAUGACAAGGUGAAGGCGGUGAAGCAGGAGUACGAGAGGAAGAUCAACACCAUGCAGAAUGAACUGAAGAAGCUGCAGGCGGCACAGAAGGAGCACUCCAAGCUGAUGCGGGAGCGAGACCAGCAUGAGAGGCAGCUGAGGACACUGAAAGGAGACCUGGCUGAGAUGAAGAGGACCAAAGUCAGGCUGAUGAACAAGAUGAAGGAGGACAACACAAGAGCAAAGCAGGAGGAGCUCAAGAAGAACAAGGAGAUCGCCCAGCUGCGUAAGGCAUCCCGCAAGCAGGAGACCUACAUCAAGAGCCUGGAGGCAGAGAACAGGCUGAAGAACGUGGUGCUGAAGCGGAAGACGGAGGAGCUCGCAGUGCUGAAGAAGGCGCCUAGGCCGGGACUCAGUGGGAAGGCUUCUGGCAGGCUGAGGAGGAGGAUAGGAGCAGGAGCAUCGGCCGUCACGUUCUCCCCCAAAGUGGCCAAGCAGAAGUGGCAGACGCUGGAGCAAAACAUCAACAAGGUGGCAUACAACAAGCAGACAGUCAGCAGCAUGGAGCGUGACAUGGAGAGUGACUUAGUAAUGUCAGCAUGGCAGCUACACUGGGUGGUGGAGAGCUGCCUGAGUGUGCUGCUGGCACUGGUGGCAUUGGUGUCAGUGUUGUGGAUGACCUUCCGUCAUUGGUGGCUGCGGGAGAGGGAGUCACUGAGUCGGCAGCUGGAGCGAGUGAGGCGGAAGAGGGAGCGGGCAGACCCGACAGACAUGGCAUCUUACAACGACCUCAACGACCAGGUGGAGGCAUUGCGGGCGAACAUCGAUUACAUCCACGAGAACAUCCAGGAGUGUCAGGAUAACAUCAUGAGCAUGGAGGAGAGCAAGGAGCAGUCCGACCUGUUGAACAUGGAGGGGAUGACGACAGGGAUAGGGCUGGAGGAGUCCCAUUACCUCAUCCACAAGCUGAUCACCAUGACCGUCAGCCAGGCGACCCUCGCAGCACAGCGGCAGGCGGCCAUCUCGGAGCUGGAGGGAAAGAUGAAGCAGAUGGAGCAGACGACCAGCGUUCAGGAGCAGCUGCUGGCCCACGUAUUAGGGGACAAGGACCUGGAGGUGUACAGUCUCAUGUCCUCUCUAGUGGCAGCUGAGGACAACACUCCCGCCUCCACAGAGUCCUCGCGUUCCAACUCUCCUACUGAUGGCCUGAUGGAAACCUCUGCCACUUCGCUCGUCUCACUCGAUUCCCUAAAAAGGAGAGACAAGGCGCGACGCAAAACAGCCACCACUGAGGACAUGCUCUUCACCAACGGAGCAGAGAAGAACGGAAACCUCGGGGCUGUCUCCGCCUCCGACGCUGCCAACAUCGCCGCGUCAGGCCCAGCGUCUCUCCCAGAGCGCAUGACGACCGACCGCAUGACCGUCAGCCUUGGAACAGACCGCAUGAGCACAAGUCUCGAGGGUGUGCUCAGUGACGAGGGUCUAUUAAUGCCACCUCCUUCAUCAUCAUCUUCUGGUUCCCUGCGGCCAGUUCCCAGGGUCACCUCGGCGCCAAAUCCUCUCAAGAACCUGUUGACCCCUCGCCCUGACAAAGCCUCACCAGUCCUAAGCCGCAAGUCCUUUGAGCGAGCAGAAGUGACUUCCCCGCGCCUCGGCAGACGGUCGCUCACCUCCUUAAGCACCUCAAACCUAAAUUUUUCCCGGCAAAAUUCUGCGGACAACAAUCCGGAAUGCACCCCCCCCACCUCUCCCACCACCUACCGGCGCUCCACCUCACGGGAUGAAAAUGUCUUCUCCCGCCUCACCUCGGCCACUUCCUCCACACGGGAGACUCGGCCCAACACAGGAGUCAUCAACCCCCACGCUGGCAGGCUCCCCCAGGCAAGCCAGCGGUCAGUGCUUGCCUGCACACACGUGGCUCAGGGGCACUCCAAGGCGGUUCUGUCAGUCCAUGCCACUGACGGCCUCCUCUUCUCUGCAUCCAAGGACCGCACAGUGAAGGUGUGGGACUUGGUGCGGGGGCAGGAGAUCCAGUCCCUCGGCGGCCACCCCAACAAUGUCAACUGCGUGAGGUUCUGUGAGGCUCAGCAUACCUGCUUCUCCGUGUCCUCCUCCUUCAUCAAGGUGUGGGACAUCCGAGAGAACCCCGCCCGUUGUGUCCGAACGUUGAGCUCAGCAGGCCUCACCUCUGCCGGCUUCCCCAUCACCAGCACCCAGUCCCGCACGCUGCAGAUGCCGCCCGGGGAGACUCUCAUCACCGACAUCGCCAUCUCCACCGCCACCAACAUCCUCUACUCUGCCGCAGGGAACAUCGUCAGAAUAUGGGACCUGCGCAAGCACUCAGCAGUGGGCAAGCUGGCAGGGGGUCACCAGGCAGCUGUCAUGUGCCUGGCGGUGGACUCUACAGUGCCUGGCCAGGAUGUUGUGGCCACUGGCUCGAAGGACCACUACAUUAAGGUAUUUGACAUCACGGGCAGUCACUCUGGCCUGGUCAACCCUCGCCUCAACCUGGAGCCUCCACACUAUGAUGGCAUCCAGUCCCUCGCAUUGUAUGGGGACACCCUCUUCUCCGGCUCCAGGGACAUGUGCAUCAAGAAGUGGGAUCUGCAGCGUGGGGAGCAUGUACAGUCGCUCAACAAUGCACACAAGGACUGGGUGUGUGCGCUGUGCUUCACCCCUGGAGGACAGAUUGUGCUCUCAGGGUGUCGCGGGGGCAUGAUCAAGAUGUGGUCUGCUGAGAGCUGCCAGCUGAUAGGGGAGCUGCGGGCCCAUGCAUCCCCCAUCAACGCCAUCACCACCAAUUCCACCUGCAUCUUCACAGCCUCCAAUGACUGCACAAUUGGUAUGUGGAGGAUGCGCACCAGCUAUGAUGUGUCCCCAGAGCUGUCCGAUGCCUCCUGACCUGACCCAACCUGCAGGUGAUGAGAGGUGGGCCAAUGACCUUCUUCCUCGGGGAUAAACACUUCUAGUUCUUUUAGUUUCCGCGCCACACCUCAGGCCAGCUCUGCGGUGUGAGGUGCAGCUGUUGUGUACAUAUUAUUCAUGUACAGAUUUGUCCUUUUAAGUCUGUUUUUUUUAGCUCAAGUGCUGUUUUAGAAUAGUGAUGUCAGUGUUUUUUUUUUUUUUUUUUUUUUUCAUUUGUUUUUUUGGCUCCAAUCUUUCUGUGCAUUUUUUUUUUUUUUUUCACUUACUCACUCACUCUCAUAUUCCUCGCUGAGUCACAAGGAUCUUCCAGUACUGAGGCCAAGAGGAUCAAGAUGCUAUUUUUUUAAUUUCCUAUCCUAUAGUCCGAUUUUUUUUACUACUGAAAUCCUGUUUUUAAUAUUUUGAUGGAAGUGUAAUUUUUAAAUCCUUUUGUUAAUGGAAUUGUGUACCUUUUGCCUUGAUUUUUUUUUUUACAUAAUUGGAUCUUUUAUUUUCCAUGUGUUUUGUAUUGACGGAUGGAAGAUCUUGAGUAAACACGUGUCCAUGUCUGUCGUGACCUCAAGGAAGAGUUUAUUUUAUUUCACGGAUAAGAAAAAAAGUGUAAUAUUUCCACACACACAAACACAGAGCUGCAAAAAACAAAGUAACAGACAUACAGACAUGCAGCCACUCCCUGACAGACAGUAUCAUCUCAAGUGCAAUUUCUGAUCUCUGCAGAACAAAAAUAAAAGAAGAAAAGAGUAACAUACCCUGAAAAACUAACUAAUCAAAUUCCUGAAGAUUAGUAUGUUGCAGUUAUUUUGACAGCAAAGGACUUGAGUUAGGCAUCAAAGUUAUGAUACUAAAAUAAAUGUCAUUCAUGGAGUUUAUAAUAUAAAUUCCAGUCAACUGAACAAGGCUGGUUGUGUGCACUUGUGUGUGUGUGAAAGAGAGAGAGAGAGAGAGAGAGAGAGAGAGAGAGAGAGAGAGAGAGAGAGAGAGAGAGAGAGAGAGAGAGAGAAUUUUAAUGUGUGAAUGUGUGUGCAUUGAUCGAUACGCCUCACUCAGUCAGUAGCAGUACGUACUAAUCGAUCAGCAAAAUAAAUCAGCUUCCUGUAUAUUUUUCACAGCACCAUAGCACUCAUGAAAAUGCAAAAUAAAUCACGGCUUCAUUUGACACUCGUCCCCCAUCACACCUCUGCUUACAUGGAAAAAAAAAAUAAUAUAACCAUCACCAUAACCGCUACAAUAACCACCCAUUGCUUUCACCUUGCACACAACCCACACACUUCACCAAUGCAUUACUUAUAGACAACCUCAGAUAUCAAAAUUCUUCCUGGAUACAUAAGAACACUCGCAUGUGCCUGUGCUUUGGUCCCUCAGUUAAGCAGAUGCUACUAUUAUUGUUGCUCUUUGGGGGAGUACACAGUGAGUCUGGCUUUGUUGGUCAGGAGAACAUGUUGCCUUAGGGAGAGAGAGACUCUUGUAAAAUAUUGUUGUUGUUAGGACUUUCUGGGUUCAGCCAUUAAGACUACAUGCACAUACUGCAGUUAGUACACACAAACACAUACACAUGAUAUGGAAACUCACUAACAUGAAGUACACGCACACUGACACACACACACACACACACACACACACACACACACACACACACACACACACACACACACACACACACACACACACACACACACACACACACACACAGGAAAGCCAAAUAACCAACAAGUCUUCCAUACGAAUGAGAGAAUUUACACUGAUCACAAAUGAAGGAAAAGUCAGGCACCAGUGAUUUUUCAAAUAAGUAUUGCAUUGAACUUAUCAUCAUCAUUAUCAGCAACAGAGAAAGGCAGUAAUCACAUUAAAACAAGUUAAUGUCAAUGGUCUUUUUCUCUGCAUUAAGGGAAUAUACAUACAGACACACACUCAACAUUCACAGCAGAGCUCAGGUUUCUUCAUUAAUGUCUCUUCCAUUUAGUUAUAUUAAAAUGUAUCCUUACUCUUGUGAACACUGAAUUUUCAAAGCAAACAGUGAUUUGAGUAGUUUUGCCACAGUUGGCAAGCCUGACUGUCUAACAUGUCACAAAGAAAAUGUUAUUUAUAUUGAGAUUUAACCCUUUGAGUUCUUUGUUAUAGAUAUCAGAUGCCACAUUCAUACAUUACUUUUCUUGUUUCUUCUUCCAUUCAGUCAAAAUUAACUUGUGAUUUUAGUUAAGGAUACAUUUUUGUAUGACUGUACACUUCCACCACUCUGUUGCAGCCUUCUCAUAGUGGUCUUUGAGUCAUUGCUUUCAAUGCAGUUUUGUUGUGUUGCAGCCUGGAUAGAGAUUGAACUAGGAGCUGAAUAUUUGUGUGGAGAAACUUGAGAGAAUUAAAACUCGUGUGAAUAUUUAUGUGGCGAAAAAAGUAACUUCUGAGAGAGAGAAUUAAAACAUAAGAGAGAGAAAAGAACCCAUACAAAUAUCCAUGUUAAAUAAGAAAUAGCCCAAUUUUAGGCAGUAAGAAGUAUGGGAAAGAAAAAAAAUGUGAAUAUUGAUGGAGCAAAGAAUAACUCCAAAGAGAAAGUUGAACAAAUAAAAGGGAAAGAACCAUUGCUAAUAUCUGUAGGGCAGAGUAACUUGAGAGAAAGAACUGAAAAGUACAGGGAAGAAAAGAACCUGCGUGAAUGUCUGUGGGAUAAUUAAAUUCAGAGAGAGAAUAAAGAAACAAAAGUAUGAGAGGAAAUCAUGUGAAUAUCUAUGAGUAAAGGAGUAACCUCAGAAAGAGAGAGAGAGAGAGAAUAAAAAGAAAAGUAGGAGAGAAAAAAUCAUGUGAAUAUCUGUGGGGAAAAGACUAACUUCAGAGAGAGAAUAAUCCAAGCAAAGAUCUGUCAAGACUUUUUGGCUGAUGAAUUAUUCUUUUUGAGAGCCUGUGCUGUGCAUUGAGUGUGUACAUUGUGACUCAGUUAAGGAAUGAUUGGUGGAGGUUAUGGUAUUCUUACAAUGAAGGAAUAGGAAUACUUGAGUGGAUGUUUUCAAAGGUUUAUGGGUGACAAUGAAGGUCAACUUAGGAAUGGAAGACUGGAAAGAUUUACUAGCGAUAACCAAUGACUGACUCCGAGGUUCUUACACUGUGAAUGAAUGAAUGAUGACACUGCAGCUGUGUUACAACUGAUGACUAGGAAAGUUUUAUGUGUACUGAGUAUAAAAGUUUGGCUCAGAAUCGUAUCAUCAAUGAAUAAAUGACUAGGUUUUAGGAAAUGAAAGAAUGAAUGACAAUAUGCAAACUGUUCAUGAUUGAGAAAGUUUACAUGAACCAGAUAUAAAAGUUUGCUUCAUAUUUGUACCAUCAGUGAGUUAAUGACCGGGAGGUCUUUGUGAAUUGAAAGAAUGAAUGAUAAGUUUAAAGUUGUGUGCUGAUUAAUGAAGGAUCCACGAAUGUGUACUGAUGAUUAAAGUUUGCAUACGAAGGUUUUAUGUGUGCUGAUUACAAAAAAAAAUAUAUAUAUAUAUUGCUUAGUUAAGUCUAAUAAUCCAUGUAAUCCAUCAGUGGCCGAAUGCAGAGGAAGGUUAUGUAUUGUGAAUGAGUGGACAGUGGGAGCAUCUGUGUUAUGACUGAGAAAGCUUUGUGUAUGCUGACUAUAUAGAAAGAGUCACAUAGUUAAGUCUUGUAAACCAUCAGUGGAUGAAUGCAUAAGUUUACAUGUGUGACAGUUGACUGUUGAGAAGGAUUAGGUAAUAAUUAUCACGCACCAAAAGUAAUGAAUAAAGAAGGAAAGCUGUAGUAUAGCAUUAAGUCACUAAGUACGGCUGACUCGGGAGUGACACACAGCCAUGAGUGGUGUGACACUGCCAUGGGGUGCUGUGCUGUCCCUCCCCUGUCCUCUUGUAUGCAUCUCUAGCUCACUUCUGUUUCAUGUACAUAUAUAUUCCUGCUCCUCCAAACAUUAGCCUGUACUCUUUUUGUACCAUAACAGCAUAACAUGUUUUAUUUAUACCACUAGCUGUUAAGACCUUGGCUGAUUUAGGUAUAGCAUCUCUUAGGACUGUAUUGAUUAUGAGUGGCUGACCUGUACACCAUGUGAUAUUGAGUCAUCAGCCUUGUUACUCACUGGCUUCUUAGGGUCAUUCAUGGCAUCGUUAACUCUCUGUGAGCCAGAGUGUCGGUAGAGUGCAUGGUGAGUGUUGGAGUGUUGCAUUCACUAUUACUCUGCAUAGAUGAAAACCUGUGGUGAGUGUGUGCAAAGUGUGAUGUGAUAUUUAUCUUAUUAUUCAUUCCCCAUAGAAGACUUCCACUACCCAUAUGAAGCUUAGGUGUAAAUAAUGAUAUCAUUUACUCUGUUUAUUCAUUGUCAAACCAACAUUGUACACCAGCUGUAGGAAGAGAAGGUGCAGGAGAUGGAGGAAAAGAGGCACUGCAGUGAACAUGAUGCACAAGAGGAGAGAAUGAUGAUCUGAAAGGAUGGGAUGAAAAACAAAGUACAUUUUUAUUAUGAAAUAGAUGUUGAAGAUAAGAAAUACUUUAUAUAAUACAUGUUUAUUUAUUUUUUACACACAUAUGAUGAGAAUUGGAAUGAAUUGUUGUAUCUGUUUAUAUGAUGUGGCUUUAUCUGGUUGAUGAAAUUGUUGAAGAUUCCUGAGCUUAAAAGUUUUACCUACAUGAAGUUAAAAGUGAUAAGAAAAGAAGAAACAAAAACGUGCCUUAAAAUAACAGCAACAAACAAUUUUAGAAGAGAAAACAAAUUGAAAUAAUAAACCAAAAGGUGACCUGACAUAAAAAAAAGAAAAAGGAAAACUUUAAUUGGAUACUUUCAUUAUUAUUUUUAUACAUUUUUUCCACUAAUGACAGCAAGAGUGAGCCUUUCUGUGAUAUACGAUUAUUCAUCAUUAUUUUUUGGCGGGGGAUUUUGACCUCCAUUGAUGAGAAGAUGCAAGGAAGAGAAAGGAAGACUAUGAUGAUGAUGAUGAUGAAGUUAUGAAAAUGAAUGAUGAUAGUUAUUGCUACAAUAGUGAGGUCACAGAGAUGAUGAUAAUGAAAAAGAAGAACAGCAAGAAGAGACGUAUACACCUAAUAAUAGCUGUAAUUAACCUAGCGUGCUAUUCUACCGGUCAGUGUUUACAUUACAGAUCAGGGUGACUUGAGUGUGCCCACCCUUGGCUUUAAGUGGUCUUAGUGCACCAGAUUUUGGCCUUACAAUAAACUCCUUACUAACAUCAACUUGCUACAGACCUCAGUGUUAAUCAUAUUGGCUUGUAACCUAUUCCCCAUCGUAGAUGUCCCCCUUGUUAGGACGCCUCCCCAUCGUCUCUCUCUGUCUCUCAUUAAGCAAGUUUAAGUAUGUAUAUUGUAAGGUUCAGUGACUUAAGGUUUGGUUGUUUCAGUGUAUGGAGUGGCAUGGUGCAGUGCUUUUGUGUUUGUGGUGGUGAUGUGUGCUUUGGCGGGCAGCUGUGAGGGUGUGCGUGUGUGUGAGUGUGUGUGAUGAGUCUCUUUCUUGUUACUGAGGUUCUUUGUGUGACUCUAUAUGUUGAAGUAGGCACAGUAGCAACCUUGUGUUGAGUGCUACUAGUGUGUGUGAAAUGAGUGUGAAAGAUGGUAGGAAAAUUCAGGCUGAAGCAGGAACACUACUAUUUUGGCCAUGUCUCUCUGAAGAUGUGAAAUCAUAACAUCAGAGAGCAUACUACUGCAUCAGCCUGAGUAUUCCUUUCCACCUCUCCCAGUCAUUUGUCUCAUCUUUGAUCUGUAUAUGCAAUGUACCCACACCAACACACACAAACACUAUACACACUAACUUCUGCACAAGUGAGUCAGUGAAUGAGACCCCUGCCUGCCCCUCCUGUGUCCUGAAGGUGCUAUUGCUGCCACUGCCCUGCCUGCCCUUGUGCUCAGUGAGGAUCAGGUGAGGCAGCUGGUCAGGCCAUGAGUAUUUUAGGUGUGGUGAGAAUGUGUUGGUCAAGGUGGUCAAGUGCAAGGGCUUGAAAGGAUGUUCAGAAAUUUGCCAAUGAGAAGAACUGAAAAAAUUAUUAUGGUUAAAGAGGUAUUUGAAAUUUUUAGUGGUUUGAGUGGUUUGAGUGGUUAGAAGAAUUGCUGUAAUUAGAUACAUAGAUACUUCAAGUGCAAUGGUUAGAAAGAUGUUCAGAAAACUUAUUAUGAGAAGAUCUGAAAAAUUACUAUGGUAUUUAAAAUUUUUAGUGAUUUGAAAAGCAUUGAAAAAUUGCUAGUUAAAGAGGCAUUUGAGGAAUUUACAUGUUGGUGAGAGAGAAGCUUUAACAACUUAAUGAUAAUCAAUACAAAGAGAGACUUAAAAAAAUAUAUACAGUUUAGAAACAUACUUUACAAAUUAUUAUAUUGGUAAUGAGAAACUUUUAAACUUGAUGGUGGAAGAGAAACUUGAAAAAAAAUUAUUAUCAUUACUUUUAUUGUAUGUAGCUUUUGAUUACAGCCCUAAAAGAAAGCACUGAAUGAUCCAUACCUAGUGGGAAACAUGAAGGUGUGGAAUGUUGAAAAUUCUAUCAUGUGUUUUGAAUCCCAAAUUUUAUAGUGUGUGUGUGUGUGUGUGUGUGUGUGUGUGUGUGUGUGUGUGUGUGUGUGUGGUGAGAGCUUUAACACUUGCUACAUAAAAAUUCAGCUAAAGGACAUUAUUUUAUUCUAUUUUAUUAUUUCUUAUUUUUUUAUCAUUGAUGCCUAAAUUUAGUUAGGUUUUAAAAUAUGUUCAAGUUGAGUUUUAAAAUGAGUAGCAUUGACUAGGUGUUUAGAAGCUGGUUCCUGUGUAGAAUAUUUAGCAGAAGUUUUAGAUGAGCUGGAGGGAAGGUGAAGUGUAUGUCAUAUAUGUGGUUUAACAGUGAGAGAGAGAGAGAGAGAGAGAGAGAGAGAGAGAGAGAGAGAGAGAGAGAGAGAGAGAGAGAGAGAGAGAGAGAGAGAGAGAGAACGUACAUAAUUUUGUUCAUGGUGUCUACAGUGCAUUUUACUUUCCAGAAGCAUCUGUAAACUUAAACAACAAUAUCAGCAAUCAUAAUCAGGAUAACCACUAAACAUUUGCAUUGGUACAUAAGGAACAAUAGCUGUCAUUUCAUUCUGAAUCAUUAUAACCAAGUGUGGUCUGUUCACUAGAAGAUGGCAGAGUGAGUUUUAAUUUGUGUCAUGUAUCAUAAACCCAAAACUUUUCACUUACAUUAAGCACCAGAGAGAAAGUGUGUGUGUGUGUGUGUGUGUGUGUGUGUGUGUGUGUGUGUGUGUGUGGCAUGACCCUCCUCCUCCCGCCACACAGCCGAGGGACAGAGUCAGAAAGCUGUGCAGUGUUGUGUGUACCCUGAACCUGACUGUACAUAGUGGAGAAUAUUUUUUUAUAGCGGGUGUGGGGCAGGUGUGUGUCCGUCUGCCCGCCACCCAGUGCAGCGAUGAGUUGUGUAAAGAAUAAAGUGUUACACGAGA